AAAAACAAGAGAAGAAGAGGCACAGACAAAAUUCAGAGUCCCUGACGCCGAAUAAAAAAUUUGAGUGUCGUUCUGAGUUCCUUCGAAAAUUGAUAGCAAUCUUCAAAACUAGGGUUUCAUUUCAACUCUAUCAUCCUAUGGCGGAACAACCUCUUCCAUCUGAGGAUCCUGCAACAAUUCCAGCUAUUGAUGACGACGACGACGACGAUGAGGACUACACUGAUGAUGGUGAUGAUACCAUGGAUGAAUUGGAUGAAGAAUCAAAUGGAAAUUCAGUGAACGUUGAAGGUACUUCAAUUCCUGCAACUGCAACUGCAGCUGCAGCUGCAACUCGUAUUGGUGAACUCACUCUUUCUUUUGAAGGCGAGGUUUAUGUCUUCCCCGAUGUCACACAUCAGAAGGUGCAAGCUGUUUUGCUGUUUUUGGGAGGAAGUGGUGCGCAGCCAGGCAUGCCUACAGCUGAACUGCCAUUUGAUCAGAAUAACAGGGGCAUGGGCGGUAUUGGAAAGCUUCCAAAUCUUUCACGAAGAAUAGCUUCCUUGGUCAGGUACCGUGAAAAACGCAAAGAAAGAUGUUUUGACAAGAAAAUUAGAUACACCGUGAGAAAAGAGGUGGCAGAAAGGAUGCAUCGGGAAAAGGGGCAGUUUGCACCCUUGAAGCAAAGCCCUGGUUCCUCUAGCUGGAAUUCAGCACAGGGUGCUGGUCAAGAUGGCAGUCCUAAUCCUGAAUCUCUACGUAGAUGUCAACAUUGUGGAGUCAAUGAAAAUAAUACUCCUGCAAUGCGCCGCGGACCAGCUGGACCAAGAACGUUAUGUAAUGCAUGCGGCCUCAUGUGGGCCAACAAGGGGACACUCAGAGAUCUCAGUAAGGGUGGAAGAAAUAUUUCUGUUGAGCAAAGUCGUCCGGACCCUCCUGUUGAUGUCAAGCCAACUGUUCUUGAAGGGGAAUUCUCUGUCAUUGAAAAUGAACAAGGUAUUUCUGAAGAACCUUCCAAGACUGUUGGUGCUGAAGUUUUGAAUGAUCAUGCAUCAAACCCUGGUGAUGAGGAAUUGUCUGAAUCUGCAGAACACCUAACAAAAACACUGCCAUUGGUAAUUUAUCAUUCUUCGGAAAAUGAUGAUGAGCAGGAACCCGUGGUCGAGCUUUCUAAUCCUUCAGAUGCAGGAAUGUCUAAUCCUUCAGAUACAGAUAUUGACAUUCCUGGAAACUUUGAUUAGAAGGUACCAAGUAAUUCAUUAUGUGGGUGUUUUAGACAACAGUCCAUUCGUUGGAUAUUCUUCAUGUAGAUAUGGGAUGCAGCUCUAGAAGCAAUGAUAUUAGACAAUUGUGAAAGUAGUUUAUGACUGUAUGUAACAGCGAAAUGAAGUGGUAAUCCUAUCAAGGGUGGAGAAGCUCUGAUCUUCAAGCCCAACAUUAUUCUGCAAUAUUGAUGAUGGAGGAAGUGUCAAAUAUUGUCUGUGUAUAUAUUAUUUGAUAAUCUUCCUUGAGUGUUUGGGAUCGUGUUAAUACAAUGAUGUAUAAUUGCUUGACUUCGAUAGUUUCAUUGCGAUCAAUGCCUUGCUACCUGAAAUUUAGAGGUAAAACUUUGGUGAUGUGCUAUGCCAUCCAAGGGAUGGACCCCUAGUUUGAAUAUCGGUGUUUGGUGGUGUGCUGAAGUUUAGGCUUGUGAUGCUGGACUCUUAGUGGGAGCAUUUGGAUACUUCUUACAAAUAGACUUAUUUCAGACACAUGUAAAUGUACAUGUUCAUAUAAAUAAACUCUAGUUUUUUUUUCUUC